AUGCAAACAGAAAGGUGCCAAGCAGUUGCGCAGCCAGAAAAAACCUGCAAGCAUUUAAACUUUAUGGGUAUAAGCAUGUGCGGGAAGAAGCUAGUUGCAACUUGUUUUAUAAUUGGGAUAACUGCCAAAGCCCAGAUAGCGCUCUAUUCUGUAUAUCUUCUCUCUAUAAUCAUUUCAAAUCUGGUAGAGUCAGUUGAAAACUUUAAUAUAUACUUUGCAAGGACUAUUCCCAUGGCGGGCCUGGUUGUGCAGAUAUUUCUAGCAUCCCCAAAAGGCUUUUUUCCAGUCUCUCUCGCGCUUAUUUCACUAGUGCUGAUAUAUAUAAAGAUAUUUACUAUAAAUGACACAUUUGAUGAGUAUAACGGCGUUAUUACUGUGGGCGUUACUAUAGUGCUUUUUAUGCAGCUAGACAUGAUUCUUAACUAUACACUUACAGGAAUGGAUAGGUCUAGUGCUAUAGACCUACACACCAGGUAUGAAGCAGCGCAUUUUAUACUAACACUGUAUCUGGGCAUGCUUAUGAACGUUCUGCACAAGUACAUAUAUAACUCGGUUUGUUUGCUUGGAGCAGGCUAUCUGUUUAAUAUUCUGAAUCUGAUCAUGUCAUGCACAUUUGUAUUUAUUUCCUAUACAGUGUGCAAUAUUCUUUACACACAGUGUCUAUCCAUGAAAGAGAGCCAGGCAUAG